CUUAUAAUAUCAUGAAUAAUUCUCCGAAUAAAAAACGACGGGAAAAUGUGCACGCCGUUAUCACUGAAUAAUUCACCCCCUCUUUUCCCAGAAAUAAAAUACUUAAAACAUAUGGAAAAAAAUCUUUCUCCAUGAUUUCGUGGAAAUGCCGAAGGCUGAAGAUCCAGAAACGGGACUUAUUCCCCUCAUGAAUUUAAUUAUUCAAGCAAUGAGUUAUAGUAGACGAAAGUGGGCGUUAUCAGAGGAGUCCCGAGAGUACAGUCCACAUAUUGUCCUUGGGUCAACCAGAAGAUUAGCUUUUACCUUAAUGCUGCCCUACAGUUUCGCUGUUCUAGGAUUCUGGGGUGUUUGGCUUCCACCCGACUGGCCUCCAGGAUGGAAGUCCAGACUUUAUUGUUUUUACACCGUUGUCAUGAUUAUUCUCGUUUAUACCAACACUCUCUCCCAAGUGAUUGACCUCUUGUUGACGUACAAAAGUCUGAAACAUUUUAUUAAUAACGCUUUUAUACUACUGUCUACCAUAGGAGCUGGGGUCAAAGCGGCCCACUGCCUCUACAUCCGGAGGAGAAUUCUCGAAAUCAAGGAAAAGUUGAAUGCUUAUCCGUGCAAACCUCAGGAUAAUCAGGAGACGGCUAUUUUACAGCAUUUUUCUCGGAUAAUUAAAAUCCUUAAUAUCUACUAUAUCGGUCUCUACGUAUGUACGAUAACAGCACUGACGACGGUCAGUUUCUUCCGUGACGUACCGAAGCACCAGCUAUAUUAUCACGCCUGGCUACCGUUCAAUUACUCGUCGUCGGGUAGAUUUUGGGCAGCUUACAUGCACCAAGUCAUUGCCCACGGAUUUGAUGCGUGUAUGCAUGCGGCUUAUGACACAAUUGCCCCUGGAAUUAUGAUACAGGGAUGCGCCCAGUUUGCCAUCCUCAAUCAUCGACUCCAAAUGCUACCGAAAUUGGUUGAUCGAGUGAGGGACAAAUUGGUUUUCGAUUCCCCACAGGACGAGGUCAGCCGGAGGACGCGAGUCAUGAGAUUCGAAGUAAAGAAGUUGGCUGAAUGUGUCCGGCAUCAUCUAGAAAUAUUCCAAUUAACGGACGAAAAUAAUAAAAUAUUCGGAAUCAUGAUAUUUCUGCAGUAUUCUCUGAGCUCAGUGGUAAUAUGUUUAAGUGUCUUGAAACUUUCUCAGGUCAACACCUUUCACCCUGCCCUCAUCUCAGUCAUCCUUUACCUUAUCUGCAUGAUAUCUCAGGUUUUCAUGCCCUGCUAUUCCGGCCAUCAAAUCACUUUGCAGAGCACCAAAGUUAGCGAUGCUAUCUUCAGCAUGGAUUGGUUGGAUCUGGAGAUAGCCACGAAAAAAAGUUUGAUAUUAAUAAUGCAGAGGAGUCAGAAGCCUCUCCAGUUUACAACUGGGUACAUUAUAACACUCUCUAUCGGAUCGUUCAAUAAGCUUAUGAAAUUGUCGUACUCGGUUUUCAACGUUUUGCAUGGAUCGUCAUCGUUUUAAUGACGUUUGACUGAUGAGAAUGUGAGUGGAUCAUCGACAUUUCUUCCAAAAAACAUUAUUUGUAGUAAUAGUUACAAUAAAGACGAUUGAGUCACGUUUUGGUGAAUUCUA